AUGACAUCAGGAGACGGCUCUCUGCAGAUGAAGAUUGUUGUGAAGGAGGAGAAAAGAGUCAUCGGCAAGAACGCCAUGGGCCACGAAGAAGACCACUAUGAUGCACUCCAGGCAUGGCAUUUCUUGUCGGGGAUUGAGGCUUAUGUGAUGAUGGGCCACAACCUCGCCAAGGCAAGUGCCAGCCGUCAGCCCGGCAAUAAGAUGCGAGCGGAAGCCCUGCGGCGCAGUCGUGCUCUGGACAUCAUGCCGUGUGCCUGUUUCACAGCGGCCCCGGUCAGGUAG